GACCAUUUGAGACGUCGCGCGUUGAGACAGCAGGUGUAGCUAGUGUGAGCUGUGUCACCCUGUGGGUCGUUCCUUUGGGAGUUAAAGGACCUUUUAGUCAGGAAAUCUAACCGACUUGCUUAGUAGCGAUGACCGAGGGUGACAACAAAAGCGCAAAUGUGCUUGCUCAGGAAACAGCCCAGCUGGAAGAGCAGCUGCAGGGCUGGGGAGAGGUCAUCCUGGCUGGGGAUCGCAUCCUGCGCUGGGAGAAGCCCUGGUUCCCUGGAACUGUGAUAGGCGCUACCACUUUGGUCUUCCUGAUGGUUUACUACUUGGAUCCAUCUGUGCUGACUGGACUCUCCUGCUCUGUCAUGCUGCUCUGCCUGGCAGACUACCUGGUGCCCACCCUCGCACCCAGAGUGUUUGGCUCCAAUAAGUGGACUACUGAGCAGCAGCAGCGUUUCCAUGAGAUCUGUGGUAACUUGGUGAAGACUCAGCGUCGCAUUGUUGGCUGGUGGAAGCGUCUCUGUACACUGAAGGAGGAGAAGCCCAAAAUGUACUUUGCCUCUGUGAUCAGCAGCCUUCUGGCAGUGGCCUGGAUUGGACAGCAGGUGCAUAACCUGUUCCUCACCUACUUAAUUGUGAGCUUCCUGCUGAUGUUGCCUGGCCUGAACCAACACGGCAUCAUCACAAAGUACGUCUCCAUGGCUAAGAGAGAGAUCAACAAAUUGCUCAAGCAGAAGGAGAAGAAGAACGAGUAGAUGGAAGUCUGAACCCAGAUGGGGAAUCUCUGUGAAAUCCCUGAAAUGGAAGGUGGAACAAAGUUGUCUGAAGAAAAGAGAGGAGAUGAGCAGAAACUGCAGAGCCUUGUGCUUUCUCUCUGAGCAAAAUGCACUUUUGUUUUUUCGCACAUUGAAUAAGUUUUAUUUCUUCACACCUCCCACCUUGUGUUAUUUUCAACCUCAACACCCCCUUUCCUUUAUAGUAUUUGCUGCAUAUGCAGUCACCAAAUUAAGUUUAUCAACAGUGUACACAGCUAUAGUCCCUUUUUGUUUUAUAGAUUAGAUGUACCCUUUUUUUUUUCUCUUUUUGUGUGAGGGGGAGGGUUGUUAAUACUUUUUAAGCCAUUCCCCCUUAGUGACUACUGAGCAGCUUUUGGAGCAUUACUGCAUCAUUUUUAACAUCUUCCUCAUCUAUAUUAACCUCUGCUUUAGUUGUAUUUGAACUCAGUGCUUCAAAUGAAACUGGAUUUAAAUCUGAACGCAUCAGGAGUCUCCAUCUAAAGAUGGCCCUACUGCUGUACUGCUGCUAGCUGGACCCUGUUGGUGCUUUUAACCCCCACUGUGGUGUGGGGCCCUCUGUGCAUUUAGGCCUUUCCUUCUGUGUCUUUGUCAUUUUGUUCUCGUCAUUGUGUUCUUACCUUCUCAGACUUUUAUUUCUGGUCUUUUUAAGCCAUUUCAUUAUUUGUCUUUUACUGGAAAUCUCAAAUGAUUAAAUAAAGUUUGAUUCAAAUCGA